AAUUUCUCGUGCUGUUUCGUUCUGAUCGGAGCCAAAGUUCAUCACCGGAGUUUUCCAUAACUGAAUACACAUACAAUUUCAUAACUCACAUGUCCACAUCUCGUCGCCUCUAUACACAUACCUGAUUUUUCAUCUGAUGGAUCCUUCUAUAAUGAAGUUCCUCGAAGAAGACGAGGAUGAAACAAUGCAUUCAGGGGCAGACGUUGAGGCGUUCACUGCUGCCCUAAACAGGGAUAUUGAAGGGGACAAUACUUCAACAUCUCAGACUCCCACUACUACAGAUGCAGGCGGAGCUUUAUCUCAAGGAACGAAUCAUACUCCAAGCCAGUUGUUUCAACAGUGGCAAUCUGCCAACCGUGAAGGAAACACCAAUUACUCUAACGAAGAGGAAGUUAAGCCACAGAUACAUGAACAGCAAUCAUCUGCCAUGGAAGCAAAUCGACAUGGAUCUGGUUCUGGUUCUGAAACCCAACAUCCACCAAAUGAUACCUCAAGAGAAAUGAAUCUUAGCCAAUCAGAACCUAGCAGACCUCAAGAUGAUCAACAUAAUGUUCAUAUGUCUCAAACCAUGAAUGCACAGAAUACUGAAAAGAAUCCUGUCAAUUCUCAAGAGCCAAAUAUAGCAAGGAACCCAGAAAAUGAAUCCCAAUUGCAAAGGAUGCAUAGAAUUGGAAAUCAGCAACAACAGCAAGCAAUGGCUGCAACUGGUCAAGCAGCUAAUGCAAUGAAUCGGCCAUCUGGAAAGCAGGUGCCUUUUGCUCUAUUGCUUCCUGUUAUAGAACCACAACUUGAUAAAGACAGGGCUAUGCAACUCCAAGGUCUAUAUGUUCGAUUAAGGAACAAUAACAUUAACAAAGAAGAAUUCGUCAGGCACAUGCGUAGUCUUGUAGGUGAUCAUAUGCUUAAGAUGGCUGUCUAUAAGUUGCAACAAGGGCAAGGGCAGGUUUCUGGUAAACAUAAUAUUCAAAAGCCAUCUCCAUAUGUUCCACCUUCAUCUAUUCAUCAAUCAGCUGAAUCAAGCAGUCUACCAAUGGAUAACAAUGCUCAAAAGUCAAGAUUGUUGGAACACCAAUCAGAUGCAUCUAUCCAUAAUGCUAGUAAGCAAGAUAGGGAGCAGCAGCAACCAUUUCCAGUACAAGGACUUGUCAAACAACAACAACAUAUGCAGUUUCCUCAACCUCCUUUUCCAAAUUAUGGAAACCCUAGUGGAAACUUUCACCCAGGGUCUAGUCCAAAUAUGAAUAUGACCUCACAAUCUUUUAAACCACAAACCCAUGAUUUACAAAUGAGGCAAGGUCCAGUAGUUCAUAAUCAGGUAGGAGGAAUUGGGAAUCCAAUGAGUCAAAAUGCGUAUAAUGACAUGAAGAGAAUGCAUGGAGGAAAUCUGUCCCAUUUAGGCCACUGGCAAUCAUCAAUGCAUAAAGAACAAAUGUUGUCAACAAUGGCUUAUGUGAAACCAGAACCUGUGGAUCAGAUUAGUGAUCAACAACAACAACAUAAACCACCACAACAAGGGCAAUCUUCAUUUUCUCAGGGUCAGAUUGAACAAGGUGGUGGAAUUGCAGGGUCUUUAAAGGAUGACAGUUUUGAGAUGAUGGCUUCUUCAAGGCCUGGUUUCUCAACUCCUAUGAAUAAGCCUGAGCCUAUGUCCAUCACAGCACAGCUUGAACGCCAGAAUGCGUCUGCUGGAAAUCCUUCAUUAGCAGCUGCUGGAAGUAAUGCAAAGACUCCCCCUAAAAAGCCAUCUGUUGGCCAGAAAAAGCCAUUGGAAGCACCUGUUUCUACAAUAAGUAAGAAGCAAAAAGUGUCGGGAGCAUUUUCGGACCAAAGUAUUGAGCAACUUAAUGAUGUCACUGCUGUCAGUGGAGUCAAUCUCAGGGAAGAGGAAGAACAGCUAUUUUCUGGCUCCAAAGAAGACAGUAGAGUCUCAGAAGCUUCACGAAAGGUCGUUCAAGAAGAAGAAGAAAGGUUGAUUUUGCAGAAAAUUCCACUCCAGAAGAAAUUAGCAGAAAUCAUGGCAAAAUGUGGUGUAAAGAACAGAAGCAAUGAUGUGGAGAGGUGCUUGUCACUGUGUGUAGAGGAAAGAAUGCGUGGAUUGAUUAGCAACCUCAUCAGACUUUCAAAACAGAGGGUGGAUAUUGAGAAGCCAAGACAUCGGACAGUUGUAACCUCAGAUGUGAGACAACAAAUCAUGUCCAUGAAUCAAAAAGUCCGAGAAGAAUUAGAAAAAAAGCAAGCUGAUGCAGAAAAACUCCAAAGAGCAGAUGAGCCUGAUGGUGGUGGAAUUGAUGGUGAAGAUGGUCGUGGAAAAUCUAAGGCAAACAAAGAGGAAGAUGAUAAGAUGCGAACCACGGCUGCCAAUGUGGCAGCACGGGCGGCUGUUGGCGGAGAUGACAUGCUGUCAAAAUGGCAACUAAUGGCUGAGCAGGCCCGCCAGAAACGUGAAGGCGGCGGUGCUGACGUGGCAUCAUCUUCUCAGCCAAGUGUAGAUGUUGGUCCCAAGCCUGUGUCAAAUUCUAAAGAUAAUACGGAUACUGAGAGGAGCUCUGGUGUUACCACUGCUACUGCUACUCCUGGUCCAGUAAGGAAAUCAAUGAGGAAUCAAGAGUUGGGUCAGAAUGGUAGUAGCGUACCACGAACCAUCUCUGUGAAGGAUGUGAUUUCUGUUUUGGGGAGGGAGAUUCAGAUGUCAAGAUCCACCUUAAUUUAUCGUCUUUAUGAAAAAGUCAGAUCUGAACACGCCUCUGAAUGAAGAAAAAACUUUUCUUUUAAGCUAAAAAUGGGGAAGAGAAUUGUAUAUAUUCAUGUUUCAUAACAAAAACUGUACAACUUGUAUUUUGUUUUUAAUUUCUAUAUCAAACUUUUUUAAAGUUCCGAGUAUUCAGUCAGUCGCAUG